GUUGUAUUCAAGCAUAUCUUUAUCCAGUUGGCCUCCGUUGUCGAGUUGGUCGGUCAUUUGCUGCACCCUUCCAAUCCUCGUGCCAUUUUCGUUGCAACAUAGUGAUCCCAUGUACCACGUAUGCAAGAGACUUUAACCCAUAUCACACCAAACACAUGCUUUCCAGUAUCAGCCUAAGCGGAGCUCUUAAGCGAGUUUCUGCCAUCAGAUCAUUGCCGACACGAUACUACUGCAGUGCUAUCCCAAGCGCCUUAGUACCCAGGAAACACCGAAAGACCGAGAGAUUACCGGUGCUUAGCAUGGACAGCUCGCGACCGACCCCGGCCAGCAAGCGUCAGCGGACAAGUGUGGAGGUGGCCGGCAUGACGCCACGACAUGAGGUCGGCAAGACCUUCAACGUCCCCGGCCUCGUGGUACGAGAACAUACCUUCACAGUGCCCCUGGAUUACAGCGGCCAGGCGGGUCCCUACAAAGGCCAGACCAUUACCCUUUUUGCUCGGGAGCUGUUGGCCCCUGCAAGGAACGAAAACCUGCCGUUCCUGGUGUACCUGCAAGGCGGUCCGGGAUUUGAGGCCCCCCGGCCCUGCGAGGCCAGCAUCUGGAUCAAGAGCGCCGUCAACAGCCACCGGGUGGUGCUGUUGGAUCAGCGGGGUACGGGCCGCUCAGCGCCCAUCACCACCACCAACCUGGCCAAGAAGGGCGGACCGGAGGAGCAGGCGGAGUACCUGGCGCUGUUCAGGGCUGACAGCAUCAUCCGGGACUGUGAGCUGGUUCGCAAGCUGCUGGUGCCUCCAACCAGCUUUGGGGGCAAGUGGGCGCUGCUGGGGCAGUCGUUCGGGGGCUUCUGCGUCGUCACCUACCUGUCUCAGGCGCCUGAGGGUCUAAUGGAGGCCAUCAUCACGGGCGGUCUGCCCCCCCGCAUAUCGCAACCCUGCGCCGCGGAGGACGUGUACCGGACUCUCCACAAAAGGGUGCUGGCGGCAAAUGCAAAGUAUUACGAACGCUUCCCCGGUGAUGUGGAGCUGGUGGGCCGUAUCGUGCGCUACCUGGCAGCUCAACCGGGGGGGUCUGUGCAGCUGCCGUCCGGAACCAAACUCACACCGCGGCUGCUACAGACGUUAGGGCUGUCCGGUCUGGGUACGGGCGGCAGCUUCGAGCGGCUCCACUACCUCCUCGACAGCUUCUUCGAUGGUUACGGGGAAAUGACGCCUGCCUUUGCCAAGGGUUUCGAGGCAUGGCAGUCCUGGGACACCAACCCGCUGUACGCCCUGCUACACGAGCCCAUAUACUGCCAGGGGCCGGGGUCCGCUUGCCGCUGGGCGGCUGACCGGGUGCGGAACAGCGAGCCCUUCGCGAGCGCAUUCGACGCGGAGGCUGCGGCAGCGGAGAACCGGCCCGUCAUGUUUACCGGGGAGUGCGUGUACAGGUUCAUGUAUGACGACAUUGCGGCGCUUCGGCCAUUUAAGGAGACGGCAGACGUGCUGGCGGAGAAGUCUGACUGGAGCACGUUGUACGACACGGCCGCACUUUCCGCGAAUCGCGUUCCCGCAGCUGCGGUGUCGUACGUCGAUGACCUUUACGUGGAUUACGAUAUGGCCAUGGAGACGGCGGGCACCAUCAAGGGGCUCAAGGUGUGGGUCACCAACGAGUACCGGCACAGCGGCAUCCGGGACGACGGCGGUCGCAUCUUCGAGCGCUUGCUGGGCAUGGCCCGAAACGCCAUCUUCGAUUGAGGAAGGAGCAGGCGACUGGUAGGAAAGGUGAAGAAUUGAAUUUUGCGGUUGAUGAGGCGGAACCCGAACCCAAUAUGAGCGAGAAAGAAAGCCUCAGAGCGUAUACUGGAGGGGGGAGUUUGGGAGGAAUGGGCGAGGUGAAAGGUGGUUUGGUCGUGGCUGGGGGACUGAAACAUAUGACGCGUCGGGUGCUUGGGUGAAAGAGAGGAUACAUCAGCAUGCCGACAAGUUGGGCGGGGAGGCGUAUGGCGUUGCGGAGAAAAUGGAUAGGUGGGGUAGAUUUCGGGGGGAAACGAAUAUCGUGUUAUGAGUGUGAAUAACAUAUUCUUUUAUUUCAGGUUAUUGAAGGGAUAAACUCACGGGGUUUGGCACUUUUGCACGGUUGUGGUUUUUUCCCAACUAAGACCUGCUGGCCCAGCUGCUGGGGAGGUGUCGAGGAAGAAACGGAGGAUAACAACGAGAUAACAACGUGUAACAACUAGUAGUAGC